CUUCAGUCGUCGCCGCUACUUAAUUGGAUUGGUGGAAGUUUCUGUCGAUCGUAUUUUAUUGACCCGCCCACGCUAUAAGACCCACCCCAUACGAGUGCCUCACUGAUCUGGAAGCUUCGUUGUCCCGGUGUUCAUCCAACAUGCUCGGCCAGCAGGUGCUCGUACUAAACCAGAACGUGAAGAGAGAGUCAGGACGUAAAGUCCAGACAGGAAACAUCAAUGCUGCCAAGACCAUCGCUGAUGUCAUCAGGACGUGUCUGGGCCCCCGUGCCAUGAUGAAGAUGCUGCUUGAUCCCACUGGAGGCAUUGUCAUGACCAAUGAUGGAAAUGCCAUCCUGCGAGAGAUCCAGGUGCAGCAUCCUGCUGCUAAAUCAAUGAUUGAGAUCAGCCGCACUCAAGAUGAAGAGGUGGGAGAUGGAACCACGUCUGUCAUCAUCCUGGCUGGAGAGAUGCUAGCGGUAGCGGAGCAGUUCCUGGAGCAGCAGAUGCAUCCGACUGUCAUCAUCAGUGCUUACAGGCGAGCGUUGGAGGACAUGUUGGAGACUUUGAGGGAGAUCAGCAUCCCCGUGGACACGGCAGAUCGCUCCAUGAUGCUGAAGAUCGUGCACUCGGCCAUCAACACCAAAGCUCUGAGCCGCUGGUCGCAGCUGGCGUGUGGCAUGGCCUUGGACGCCGUGGUCACCGUGGAGAUGGACGACAACGGCCGCAAGGAGAUUGACAUCAAGAAGUACGCCAAAGUGGAGAAGGUUCCAGGAGGGAUCAUCGAGGACUCGUGCGUGCUGAGAGGCGUGAUGGUCAACAAGGACGUGACGCAUGCACGCAUGAGACGCACCAUCAAAGAUCCUCGCAUCGUCCUCUUGGAUUGCUCGCUGGAGUACAAGAAGGGCGAGAGCCAGACGGACAUCGAGAUUAGUAAGGAGGAAGACUUUGCCAGGAUCCUGCAGAUGGAGGAAGAAUACAUCCAGCAGAUGUGUGAGGACAUCAUCCGUGUCAAACCUGACCUGGUCUUCACUGAGAAGGGCGUCUCAGACCUGGCUCAGCACUACCUGAUGAAGGCCAACAUCACCGCCAUUCGUCGUGUCAGGAAGACGGACAACAACCGCAUCGCUAGGGCGUGCGGCGCUCGCAUUGUCAGCCGCACCGAUGAGCUGCGUGAGGAAGACGUGGGGACGGGGGCGGGGCUGUUUGAGGUGAAGAAGAUUGGAGACGAGUACUUCACGUUCAUCACUGAGUGCAAAGACCCCAAAGCGUGCACCAUUCUGCUGAGAGGCGCCAGCAAGGAGAUCCUCGCCGAGGUGGAGAGGAACCUGCAGGAUGCCAUGCAGGUGUGUCGGAACGUCAUGCUAGAGCCCUUCCUGCUGCCUGGCGGUGGUGCUGUGGAGAUGGCUGUGUCCAAGCGUCUGAUGGAGCGUUCUCGCGCCUUGGUGGGCGUGGAGCAGUGGCCCUAUCGAGCUGUGGCGCAGGCGCUGGAGGUCAUCCCCCGGACGCUGAUCCAGAACUGCGGCGCCUCCACCAUUCGUGUGCUAACGUCAUUGAGGGCCAAGCACACGCAGCAGGACAGCGCUGUCUGGGGCGUGGAUGGCGAGACAGGCUCUCUGACCGACAUGGCGGCCGCAGGCAUCUGGGAGCCGCUGGCUGUCAAAGCACAGACGUACAAAACGGCUGUGGAGACGGCCAUCUUGUUGCUGCGCAUCGACGACAUCGUGUCAGGUCACAAGAAGAAAGACAAGGACGAGCCCAUGGGUGGACCUGGCACCGAAUAAAUCCAUUAAUCAAUAAAAUCUUCAGAAAAACA